CCGCUGUGGCGCUGGCCCGCGAUUGGCGGAGCGCCCUCUGGCCGGCGCUCUCCCACCCCUCGGCGCUGGUUCCCGGCCGCUGCUACCAGCGCUCUAAGGUGGCGUGUGAGUGCGCCGCGCCGCCGGGGUGCGGGCUGGCUUGCGGGAGAGAUUCAGGGUGUGAACGCGGGCGGUGCCGGCAACUGCAGGUGACAAAGGCGCAGCGAGGGCCGCCGCAGCCCUGUGGAGGAAGAGAGAGAGAGAGAGAAAUCUCCCACCUACUGGUUUACUCCCCAGAUGCCCUAACCAGCCAGGGCUGGGCCAAGCAGAAGCUUAGAUCCAGGAAUUCCACUUUGGCUUUCUACGGAGGCCCAACAAAAUGAUAGUAAAAGCACCUCAUGUCCUAACACGCCUCCCAAAUUGUGUAGAAUGGAAAGUCAUGCGCAUACAAGAUGAGGAAAUCGAGGCACAGAGAUUAACAAAUUGGAACCAGAUAAUACUGUAAGUGAUUGAACCAGCAUUCAAAGUUGAACAGUCUGGCUACAUAGUCUAUAUUUGGAACCACUAUACUACGUUGGUGCUUCAAGUUUCUAAAGAUGAGUCGUGAAUAUUCAGAGAACAACAAUUUCCUGAACAAUAACAACCAAAUGGUGUUGGACAUGAUCCUUUAUCCAUUAAUUGGCAUCCCUCAGACCAUCAACUGGGAAAGUGUGGCAAGGCUUGUGCCUGGAUUAACACCCAAAGAGUGUGCAAAACGGUUUGAUGAGCUGAAAAGCAGUGGAAACUCGCCUGUUGACAACCAGUAUAGUCCCCUCAUGGCUGCUGGAGAGAGUCCCGUUGAAACCUUAGCCACAUACAUCAAAUCCUCUCUUUUGGAUACACAGGGAGACAUUCAGGAGACUGCAGUUGAUCAGGAUGCAGUUUCUAAGUCAGGAAGACAUAGUAUAGCUUCCACAAGGAAUUGUUCUUCAGAAAGUGAAAAUUGUACUACUCAUAAUGGUGGAGAAAAGACUGAAGAAUCUGAAGGGCCAAACAUGGUGAUCCAUGUAUGUGAUGAAGCAAAAAACUUAAAAGAAGAUUUUAUUUGCCCACGAGAUCUUUUGAUAUCAGAAAUGAAGUACUUUGCUGAAUAUUUAUCAAUGGAUGCCCAGCGCUGGGAAGAGGUGGACAUUUCAGUUCAUUGUGACGUUCAUAUUUUCAACUGGUUGAUAAAAUACGUUAAAAGGAACACUGAGGAGAAUAAAGAUUCUGAGAUGCCCACUUUAGAGCCAGGAAAUGUCAUUUCAAUUCUUAUAUCUUCAGAGUUUUUGAAAAUGGAUUCAUUGGUUGAACAAUGCAUUGAAUAUUGCCACAAAAAUAUGAAUGCUAUAGUAGCUACCCCAUGCAACAUGAACUGUAUUAAUGCAAAUCUUCUUACACGUAUAGCAGAUCUGUUCACACACAAUGAAGUUGAUGAUUUAAAGGACAAAAAAGAUAAGUUUAGGAGUAAACUUUUUUGUAAGAAGAUUGAAAGAUUAUUUGACACUGAGUACUUGAAUCCAGAUUCGCGGAGUAAUGCAGCAACUUUAUAUAGAUGCUGUUUGUGUAAGAAACUUUUAACAAAAGAAACAGAAAGAAGAAUUCCUUGCAUUCCUGGAAAAAUCAAUGUGGAUCGACAUGGAAAUAUCAUCUAUAUUCACAUAAGAGAUAAGAGUUGGGAUGUUCACGAGUAUUUGAAUAGUCUUUUUGAAGAAUUAAAAUCUUGGAGAGAUGUAUAUUGGCGCUUGUGGGGAACAGUCAACUGGCUGACUUGUUCACGAUGUUGUCAGGAUUUCCUCUGUAUUGAGUUCUCACACUGUCAGUACCAUUCAGAAACAGUGGUUUACCCUACGGCUGCAAGUUCGCUGAGCACAGUGGGCACCGGAAUUUAUCCCUGCUGUAACCAAAAGGUUCUUCGGUUUGACCCUACUCAGCUUACAAAGGGCUGUAAAGUGAGGGACCACGUAGUUGCUCUUCGAGAUCAAGGUGAAAGUGGGGAUUUGCCGCCCUGUCUGACUACUAGAAUACUGGACGAUCUGCACGAGCACAAAGAUGUCAUUGUGGUGCCUUUUUCUAAAGAUACAGUUAGUGAUCCUGCAGUUGGCCCCUGUGAUGAAAAGGGUUUAGAAUGUGAUGUUCUGCUGGAGCCAAGUACACCAUGGGGCCCCAAAACUGGGGAGCUCAACGCUUUCUUGUCACUGAAAAACUGGACUCUGCAACUGAAACAGCAGUCAUUGUUUUCAGAAGAAGAAGAAUAUACCACUGGGUCUGAGGUCACCGAAGAUGAAGUUGGUGAUGAGGAAGAAGUAACCAGGAAACAAAGGAAAAAGGAGAAGCCAAAGAAGUUCACCAAACAACCAAAAAAACAAAUAUCUUCACCCUGUACUCAAAAGAAGGAAAAGGCAUCAGAGAAGUCAUCUUCUAGAGAUGCGUCUCCUUUUGUUGUGAGUAUGCAGAAGAAUAAGUGGGAUGCCUCAAGAUCCUUGAGAUUCAACCAGGAUGCACAAAGAGAAGAUGAUCAGCGACGGAUGUCUGAAAUUACAGGGCACUUAAUAAAAAUGAGGUUGGGUGAUCUGGACCGAGUCAAGUCGAAGGAAACAAAAGAGUUUGCAGGAGGUAUUUAUUCCAGGCUCGAAGCACAAAUCAAGGCCUCAGUACCAGUCAGUGCACGGCAAAGCAGCUCAGAGAAAAGCACAAGGUCCAGAAGCCGUUUUGGUCAAGGACGUCCAGCAUAAAGCACUUGAGAUGACAGAAGGCAUAUUCCUAGACAUCUGACACUGCUCCCCUCUUGAAUAUCUUCAGAACAAUGACUUCUAAAUGUUUUUAAGUUAUUUAUGAAUAAUUAUUCUUACAAGUCACGCAAAUCAUAAUACGAAGAGAAAUAGUUAAAUUUUAUGAAAAUUGAAUUGUAAAUAUGAUACUUCUUAAAUUUGAUUUUCUUUUAGUAUGAUUCUAGACUAUAUAGGAAACAACUAUUUAUAAAUUUACAUAGUUAAGACUCCUAACAUUUGUUAUCCUUUAUUUAUUUCCGGGAGAAGAGGCCUAAACUAAGUGUUUGUGAAACCUUUAUAAAUUAAGGAACACAGCUGAUAGUGUGUGCACUGGUGGUAGUGUGUCUUUGGGGCUGUCAGUCUUGGGAUAGCUUUGAGACCUGCACUUUGUAGGAUGAAAUAUCCAAGGAUGCUGAGUUUGCAUGAAUAUUAAGGAGUGAUAGAUCUUAAAACUGCAUUAAAGUUUCAAGGAUUAGGUAUUUCAGUACUAUGUUGGACAAAAGAGUUAAUUUUACAAUAUUAGUUCAAUUUUUAUUCUUUUGGUUUUUAACAUUUAUAUUGAUCAUCUGAGCUGGAUUAUUAUCUUUCUUCUGUGAUUAGUGCCAUUCUGAAUUUGUUAAAGUAACUGUUGAUAGUUUCAAGUAAAUCAUUUCAGUCAUAUGAGCCACUCACCAUACAGUUCUCAGGGCUCUUAAGACCCAACAGUAUUUCUAUAGCCAUUCAAAUAGCCCUUUAAGCAGUAUGAUUGCUAGUUACUUUAGAGAUGUCUAAAAAAAAUUCCCCAAUACAUUAAAUGGGUAAAAAAAUUCCAUAUAUUUGAGAAGAAUAAAAAUGAAAUUCUAUUUUCUAGAGCAUGUUUUAAUUUUUCUAACCAGGCAGAAAGAGUGCUCAGGGAAAAUUUUUUUCCAAAUCAUAAGCAUAUAAUAAAUUACAUGUUUGGAAUUUACUUGUGUAGGUCUGAAAAACCUUAAGAUGCACUGUUUCUAUUUUUAAAUUUUCAUUUACAUCAUAAUUGAAAUUUCUUAAAAUGAUCCAAAGAACAUGCUUUGAUAAUGUGUAGCAAUUUCUGUUACAACAUUGAAAUGUUACACUCAGUUUACAUGUACAGAAAUCAUUACUUUCAGUGAGUAUUUUAGUUGAUAAAUGAAGCUGAAUGUUACAUGUAUGGCUUUGCCAAGGUUUUUGAGCUUCUGUUUGGAAGUUUUGUUCCAGUUUAUGUUUGCUUCAGCUGUUUGAUGCUUUGGAAAUAGAUUAUACUGUUUUUAUUUUCAAAAGAAAAUGUUUUAUAGUAUAUUUUAUGUAAGCCCUGUAAAGUGCCACGUGUUGUUUUAGUUCACUGUUUCUCUAAGAAUUCAGGUCUGUACAUGUAAACAGUGCUGGGAUGGUCACAACUAGAAGAGGAAAAUAUGCUCUUUUGAUUUAUAACUAUUGAUAAAAAGGCAAAUUGCCUCACCCUGGGGGAUGCUGUACCACUGAAUGGAGUUUUACAAACUAGAACUUAUCAAAUUCUGAUUCUUUUCAGAAUGUGCUUUUUAUUUUUAUUUCUGUCUGUCUGCAACACAUUGCACAGGUAUCACAUAUAUUUCUUGCAAACUCUUUAUAGCAUUUAUUUUGCUAAAUACUUUGAGGUUUUACCUUACAUUCAUUCUGAAUUCACAUUUCUUUAAUUGAAAUAAAUGUUACUGACAAAAUUGUUGGAAACGUCCUUGAACAGAAUCAUUCCAUCUUCUCAGAAGAGGUCUGGGUUGGCUCUCGAUUCUGCAAGUUUUGAUGGAAAAGUGGCUGCAUUACAAGAUGAAACUUCUAGGAUUGUUUCAUUAGGCUGUUCUGGUAAAAAUUCAGCAGGACGUUUCAGGUAAAACGCAGCAGAAUAAAAGUAAUCAUAUAACAGAGCUGAUGCACACUGCACCUUGCUCUCCUUCCUCAGAGUGCUCAGCUGGGCGUUGGAACUGCACUAAUUGCCAUAGAAGCUGAGGCCGAAGCUCUGUCAUGCUCAUCUACUAAAGACAAAUUUUAACAUACAAACCCCAAAAUGCCACUUUUGUGCUGUGUUUGGGAUUAUUUCCUCUGUCAGCCUUUAUCUGUCCAUUGAGUCACUACUUCACACCUGCAGGACAAAGGCCCUGGGGUACCUGGCCAGUCCAGUUCUAGUAGGCUGCUUCUUGCACUCUCAUUUAAAGCUGACCCAGUAACAGCGAAAGAAAAUAACAGGAUUAAUAUUCAUGCCCUCAUGUUAGAGGGAUUGAGUUGAUUUUACCUUAAAAUUCUUCUAAGAUGAGAAUUUGACAUCACUUUUUCUGAAACGUGUGUUGCUACAACUAGUGUGUGUGUGUUGACAAAGAUUCUUUGCUUGCCAACUUUUAGUUAGCUUCUGAACCUUCUCUUUUUCCCAUUUGUGCACUUCCUUAUAAAACCCAGUUAGCAAAGAACCCUACUAAAUCAGUUGAACAAGAACCCCACUCCAUUUUUGAUACUUGGUCAAGUUCAUCCUCCACUAUUUGCCGGGUGGUAGCUGAUUGCCCUUGGCCUGUCUUCAGCAGGCAUACUGUUAGGUCAGUUUAGCCAGAAUCCUCCACCCCUGAUGUUUCCUCUUAGUAAUUUUCCAUCCACUAUUGCCCACCCUGUUCUGUGGCUAUAAAUUCCCUCUUGCCUGUGUGUAUUCAGACCUGAGCACAAUCUUUCUGCCACUCAAGACCCCAUUUGCAGUGGGCCCUAUUCCUAGCACAGUGGUCCUACAUAAAGUCAUCCUUGCCAUGCCUUAACAAGUAUUGAAUAGCCUUUUUCCUUAACUCUGUGUGUCUGUGUUUAGAUAGGAGGCACCUAAUAUUUUGGUGGUUUCUAUGGCAUCAUCUGAGACUUUUUUAAAAAUCAUUAAGUGUCUUGCCUUAUUUAGACAGAAGAAGUGGCAUUUGUAGAAAGAGCAAGACAGGAAAAUGCUAUUUGCUGAAAUGUGGUAGUGACCCAUGGCCUUUACACACAGGCUUUGUGAAGGACAGUGCAUAUGGCACAGUUUUCUAGCAGCUCUCCUUCCAAAUUUGAGAAAUUGUAAGUAUCUUGGCUCUUACUAUUUUUCUGUGAUAAAAGCAGCUGUUAUCAAACCAGAGGUAGUUAUAGUUCAAAUAGUUGCUAUUUGUUGAAUACUUAGUUUAUGCUGAGGAUGGUGCUAUUUCUUUGAAUGUGUUUUAUGUCUUGUGGCCUCAUAGUAAAAAUCCAGAAUUGGGUUAUUAUUGCAAGGUGUCCGGCGCAUAACAAAUCUUCCCAGGCAGACGAAUCAAUUAAUUCACAGGCUUUUAUUGGGAUUCCGCUCCCAGGCGAGGUUCCCCGGUCCCAACAGAGUGGGGGGCCAGGGAAAUUGCGUGUCAGAGAUUGGGAGGGCUCCAUUUACAGAUUCAGGGCAUGGGGGUUAAAGGUUGAGGCGGGUCUGAUCCUCAUUGGUUGACCUUUAGACACCCGUAGGGACCUUGACAAGGACUUUUCUUCCCAGGAAGUACAGGUAGAGACUUCUCCAUUCCCGGAAGUAUAGGCCUUCCUUCUAUGCAGAUCCCAAAGCUACCAAUUAUUCUUAUUUUAUCUUAACUUUAUUUUCACUUUACUUGAAAAGCAGAAAGAUAGAGACAGAGAUCUCCCAUCUGCUGUCACUCCCCAAGUGCCUGCAACAGAUGGGGCUAGGCCAGGCUGAAGCCAGAAGCCAGGACUCAGUCAGGGUCACCCACAAGGGUGACAGGGACUCUACCACUCAAGCCAUCACCUGCUGCCUCCAAGUGUACCCACUAGCAGGAAGCUGAAUUGGAAGCGGAGCCAGGACUUGAACCAGGUACUCUGAUAAGGGAUGUAAGUGUCCUAAGCAGCCCCUUAACCACUGAGGCAGACACCUGCCCCUAUAUAAUUCUCGUAGGGAGAGAAGAAAAUUUGGAAAGGUGAAGUAAGCCACACAGGGGGAUUAGAAGCUGGGCCUGUCAGCACACUCUAACACCUUCAUGAAACAAUUUUUCCUUGAAUUGUCUGAAACGUUCUCUGUAGAGUGCCUCUCAGCAUACUGGCAGCUCCUUCAGACUCAAAGCAAGUGGCCCCCGCUUAUUUCCUGCAUCCCAGACCUGUUUGUUCAACUACCUGCUUGACAUUUGUACUUGGAAUACCCUAGGUAUCUCUAACUUACCAUGAUCAAAAUAGAACUUGAAAAAUAUCUUCCCAUCUCCCCUCAAUCCCAGCUUAUUCAAGCCUGUUAUUCCCCAGUUCAGUAAAUGGUAUUACUGCCCACCAAAUGUACAAUGCAAAUAUCUAGAAAAUAUUUCUAUUCCUCUCUUUCCUUUACUUCCUACCUCCAGUUCAUCAGCAAGUCCCAUACCUACUCGUCAUCAUUCACUUCUCUGUCACUACUGUCCCCACUCCUGGUACUAACAUAUUUUACAUAAUGCUACAAAAGCCUCCUAAGUAAUUUUCCAACUUUCACUCUACCCUCUAAUUUGUUAGGCACUAAGCAACUGUCAUGCUUUUAAAAAGUAAAUCACACUAAUAGCAUCCCAUAAAAAAAAAAAAAAAAUAGCAUCCCAGAAAAAAAAAAUCCAGUCCCUGUAAUGGGUUUUCAAAAUCCCACACCUAGCUGCCUCUUGCUUACUGUAUUCCAGCCACGGCCUACACAUUUCUCUAGUAAGCUAAUUCCUGCCUGGCAGUUCCUUCACACUGGCUAUCUCCCUCUCUCAAAGAUUGUUCUAAUUCAGUUUAGUUUGGAUGCCUCUUCCUCACCAGAGGCUGUUCCUGUAUGCCCAGUAUAAAAUAGCUACGCCAGUCAUUCUUAUCACAUCGCCAUAGUUUAUUUCUGCCCACAGCUGACUUUCUUACUCUGACAUUUCCCUUUCUCCCUUUGUUGGUUUGCAGUUUGUUUCCCACGCUAGAACAUGAGCUCCGCAAGAGCAGAGGCCUGGUCUUCUUGACCACACUGUGUCCCCCACCCCUAGAACAGCAAUUAGAGCACCAGGAAACAUGGCUCUGCAAGGUCAUACUUGUGGGUGCUAUCACCAAGAUCAGGACCGUCCUCAGCCUAGAAUCACUUUAAUCACUUCUUAGAGCCUUGACAGCUGUCAGCCUUGUCACCCCCAGUCUGUCUCGCACUGUAGGAAGAUGUGCCAGGUAAGUCCGGUGAGUGUGAAACAGGUGAGUUCUGCUGAAAUUUGGGUUGAAUAGAAAAAUAAACUGGCCUCAUGACCACCCUUUAUUUUAUUUAUUUAUUAUUUUUUUUUUUUUUUUGACAGGCAGAGUGGACAGUGAGAGAGAGACAGAGAGAAAGGUCUUCCUUUUCCAUUGGUUCACCCUCCAAUGGCCAGCGCACCGCGCUGAUCUGAAGGCAGAAGCCAGGUGCUUCUCCUGGUCUCCCAAGCGGGUGCAGGGCCCAAGCACUUGGGCCAUCCUCCACAGCACUCCCUGGCCACAGCAGAGGGCUGGCCUGGAAGAGGGGCAACCGGGACAGAAUCCGGCUCCCCGACCGGGACUAGAACCCGGGGUGCCGGCGCCGCAAGGCGGAGGAUUAGCCUAGUGAGCUGCGGCGCUGGCCUAUUUAUUUUUUUAAAAAGAUUUUUUUUUAUUUGAAAGAGUUACAGAGAA